AUGCUGCCUGCGUCGGGUCGUGACGAGGGAGAAAGCGCGAUCAGGGGAAGCUGCUGCGGUGGGGGCGUCGCUAACAGCGAUGAAUGCGGCGGGGGGGGGUCUGGCAGCAAGCCUUCCGUGGCGGGGCCUGAAAAGCGGCCGCCGCUAGAGGGGGGGGAGUUCGAUGAUAAGGAUGUCCGCGAGAGAGGAAUGACCGGAAGACUUUCCGAGCUGUGGUCUUGUAGUGAGUCGUGCAUCAUAUGCUUCGGGGAAUACGCCGAGGGCGACGUUUUGUGCCGGCUGCCCUGUCGUCACACGUACCACGCAGAGUGCAUCGACGCCUGGUUGGACAGCCCCGGCCACUCCUGGUGCCCCCUUUGCAAGUCCAGCCUGCUGCUCCCGUCGGAGCCUCGAAACAGCUCCGAAAACGGCGAGACCGCCGACGGCGGUGGCACCAACGCCAGCACCACAAGCGCAGACAGCAACGCCGAACAGUUGGGCUCUCCCGCCACCGCCGCCGCCGCCACACCCGCCUCCGGCGCAGCAAACGUCGGAGACGAAGCCGUGUGAAUACACCUUGCUUCUCCCGCGCUCGGCGACACGCCCUUUGCAGCUGUGAAUAGCUGUUGGUUGCGGGGGGCUGCAGAUGAGUAUUGUAACAAGACAAAGGUUUGCCGGCGGAGAUUGGCGGGGUGUUGCACCAUAUUGGCAGGGCGUUUUUGGUCGACGCUGCUGCGCAUAGAGGGCGAGAGGGACUUGGGAGUUGCGACGUUCCACGCUCAUCCAUUUUUCGUUGCUUGUUUUGGAGGCGGUGUUGACCGAUGCAGCUCAUAGAGGGUGGCAAGAUGACUUGGAGUUGCGAUGUGCCACAUACCUUCCUCCCAUGUUUUUUUGCUUGUUUUGGAGGGUACCUUCCGGUUUGGGGCCGAUGCAGCUCAUUGAGGAUGUCCAGGGGCUUGGGAGUUGCUAUGUGCCACCUUCACCCCUUCUUGUUGUUGGUUGUUCGUUUUGGAAGUAUUCAGUUGAUUGAUAAUGGGCUCGUGAUGACAACUAUCCCCUUGUUGGCACCGUGUUUGUCCGUGUUGCAUCUGGGACGAAGGAGGUGCUGUAGCGCGGCGGGGUGGGGGAGCCGUAGCCCUUAGGCCACGGGUGCGAGUGCCAUAUAAUUAUUAUUUCAGUGGAGGUCUCCGAACAAGGCGGUAACCCUAUUUAGGGCGGGUGAAAUUGGCUGGCAUUGACGGCAGAAUAAAGUUGUUCAACCAAGGCGGUUGCCCCAUAUUUUUCGGUCAUUAUCAGCUGCCCCACCUCCGCCGUAUUCGGGGGACCCCAAUGUAGUCAAUAUGAUGUAAUACUGUUUGUUGUAGACGUGAUGUCUAGUCGUUCAUUCGGAUAUUGACCGUCGUUUGGACCGUUUGAAGGCCGGUCAUUCAUAUAUGUAUGUUUCUAAUUUUAUUCCGUAGUUAAGGUGAAGAGGUGGGAAGUCCUACCUUUUGUUGCUCUCAUUCGCCGAGUAUUCAUUUCUUUUUGUAAACUACUAGUGUAGCCUAGUACAGGAUACCACUCACAUUCAAUCUUUUGACGGUGGGGUUCUUCACGGGCGUUGCGAUUUACUUAAAGUAGUAGUCCAUGACAACAGGAUAGCGCUACCACGAUAAUAGUUCGUGUGUGAGGGUGUUUUUUUUUUGGCUUGUUGGAGGAGGGGGAGGAUGAUGUCGCACGGAAUCCGCGUUGUUGCCUUGUUGAUGGCCGUGUUUGUGUCUCCGUUCUGCGGCCCGCUUCCUAUUUGGGCGGCGGUUCGCCUCGUUGUUGCACGUGAUUGGAUCGCCUGAUGUGGUCCGGUUUUUUUCCAGCUUGUUGUUGCCGUGAUGCUCGCUGAAGCUGGCCGUGCUAAGGUUUUGGGGUUCGGGUUGUGGGAGGAUGAUGUUUCGGUUUGUGGUGUUGGCGACGCGGGGCGCAACGUGCCAAUGGCUACGCAUGAACGUCGGCGAAAAAUAUCGUCUUCGUCGCUGGCGGGGUAACGUUGUCUGUCGGGUCUAUCUGGCGACGGGAUACCGCGGGCUAUGCAUUCGACGCCACUAGACUGCUUCAUGCAGAGAUGGCUCUAUGGCGAGUAACUUUGUCCGUCGGGUGCACCUCAAACGGGAUCCCCGGGUUGUUGUCAGAUGUGCAUACCGUAUGUACAAAAGCGUGAUAGCUGUUGAUUUCUUUUUGCGAGUCGCGUGAUCGGGUGAGCGCACGCACGGCAGGGCGUAUCGUCGUACAUUUGGCCGACCCUAUUCCGUGUUAGUAACGGUGCCCGAAAUUCUGCCGGUGUAUGUAUUGGGCGGCCGCACACGCGAAUAGUGCCGGUGUAGUGCCGCCGUCAGCUCUCAGGGCACACCGGCAGUAUGCAGCCCCCUUCCACACUGUAUUGAUUGUUGGUGCGCAUCUGUGCCGAGAGAGAACUUGUAGCACAGUGCGUGCCGACCGUUGGUAGAAGCAAUUGUGUCGUGAUACGGCGUGGCCACCCCCGUAGAGGGUCAACAAGGUUUGUACCGGCAGCGGGUCCAUUUUUUUUUUUUUUCAUUGUACAUAGCCCUCUAUGGGUAAGUAGUUGUGUUUGGCUUGUGACCACGGA